UAUGGAAAUACACUUAGAAAAGUAAAGGCGUAUUGAUAGAAAGUUGAUAGUGAAACCUAGUUCCGGAUAUGCUUCGACACUAUACUUUCAGUUCGAAUUUCGAAAAUCUAUAAAAUACAAUAAUUCUUCUUACUUGAGUAACUGCAAGGUAACCAUAAGGUACAUAACAAAAAUUUAUUCUGAUUCUAAGAUACAAACUUCUUGCUAGGAAGAUAAGUAAACCGUUUUAAACUUCAGUGUCAAAAGGCCUAGAUACUGUAACUACAAAUAAAACAACCUAAAUAUUUUCUUCAAUAAUUCAUAGGAAGUUAAUAUUUCACCAACCAAUUCAAUAUGCCUAUGGAUUUAACAAACCCCGCUAUCAUAAGAGUUUUAAAAGAAGCAUACGAAAAAGAAAAACAUAUCCGUGUGCACUGGAUUAGCAAAAACACAGAUAAAUUGAAAAAAGCAAUUACUCUUGACAGGGAACCAAAGAACCACUAUGUAGAAGACGUAUAUAAACAUACUAUGUUGGGAGUUAUGCCUAUGACUGUUAGGGAUCACAUAGACUCAGCAGUCAAUCGCAGAAAAGUGCCCUGCAGAGACGCCAGAACUAUACCGGGUGUAGCGAACAUGCUACACGACCAUUCACUCAUCAAAAUAGGUCUUGGCGAUGCCGAAGAAGAUCCUAGACUUGCCAGACCAGAUAACGACCUAAAUCCAGACCCUAUAAUGCGUCCAGUAGACCCUAAGCUAAAAAAAGUGCUAUUAAAAUCGAAAGUACCUUUAGCUAGAGAACGAUACUUCAAGGAGAGGUACAAAUUAUUGCCAGAAAAGAGAUUCUACCUUCCAGAAUGUUCUAGUUGGGAUUACGGUUGGCGGAUGAAAGAUAGUAAGAUGGUGAAUCCGCGUGAAUAUGCCAGAAAUUUGAUGUUACAAAGGACACUGCGCAGUCGAGUUGGGCCUCAGCCAGAUCCUGCUUAUUACCAGAAACCAACGGUUCCUGGUUACGCAAAGUGCACUAAUAUUUAAACCUCAAAGCCUAGUAAGUUGA